CCGCGAGAGAGAGUCGAGAGCUCAAUAUGCUUUUGAACGACUCUCGCGAUGAUGAGAUAGCAUCCGGCUGUCGGUUCUUCCGGCGCCGUUUGAAGUCAAAGUUAAAUGUACAUUUCUUACAGCAACAUAAAAUCUACUCCAGUCCAAUCUAUUUAAAAAAGUUAAAAAUAAUUUUAAAACGAUUAGCGUACUUUUUCAGUCCAGUUAUGUUUGAUGCUUUUUUCUUUUUAGAGAUUAUAAAAUAAUAAUACAAUAAAGGCACAUUUACUAACCCAGACAGUAUAUUAUCACUACCAAUUGAGCUACAGGGUACAAAUAAAAUAAAAUAAAAAGAACGGAACUAUUAUUUAUAGUUUGAAUAUUUAAAAAGUCUGAAUUCCUCAGCGGCUUUGCGUGUGUAAACUACAUUCCCCAAAAUCCCUUGCGCGGAUUUUCAGUUCAAACGUUACUGAAACACGGAAGUAAAGCAAAGUUGUCUGUUUAAUCUUCUUACAAACGGGUUGGUGUAACAGGUCAAAACGUUUACUACACAUACACCACCUUUAAACGGACAACAUUAUACAUUAUAUUAUCAUUUAGUCUUCCCAUAGACUCAAAAUAACGUUUGAUGUAUGGUCACUCAUGCGCUACAGUGUCUAUUCAUUGACAAGUGAAGAACAAAAAAGAUUUACUUAUUGUCUACCGUCAUUGAAGAAACUUCAUGAGUCCGUUUCAUCUGAUAUUAGCAAAAAGGUCUGACCGCAGACAAGAUGAACAUGAUGACGUUCUUCAUCGUGGGACUCUUGGUCCACGUGGUUUUCUUUCUCUCCAUAUUUGACAUUUAUUUCACAUCCCCACUUGUCCAUGGAAUGACACCUCAGCGUGUCUCUCUGCCACCUCCAGCCAAGCGCCUGGUGCUGUUUGUGGCAGACGGGCUUCGAGCAGACAGCCUUUUUAAACCAGAUGACAACGGGACAGUCAGGACUCCGUACCUAAGGAGUAUUAUUGAAGAGGCUGGCACAUGGGGGGUGUCACACACACAUGUUCCCACCGAAUCACGCCCGGGUCACGUUGCUCUCAUAGCUGGCUUUUAUGAAGAUGUUAGUGCCGUUGCCAAGGGUUGGAAGGAGAAUCCGGUUGAGUUUGAUUCUGUCUUUAAUGAGAGCAGACAUACUUGGUGUUGGGGAAGCCCUGACAUAUUACCCAUGUUUGCUAAAGGGGCCAGCGGAGACCACGUGUACACUCACACGUAUCCUCCAGAGCGAGAGGACUUUGCUUCUACUGAUGCGUCCAGACUGGACACUUGGGUUUUUGAUGAAGUGAAGGCUUUUUUUAGUGCUGCCAAAAACAAUGAAACUCUACUGAAUCAGUUGCAUGAAGAACAAAAUGUGCUUUUUCUGCAUCUUCUGGGGAUAGACACGAAUGGCCACGCCCACAGGCCCAUGUCAAAGGAGUAUCUAGAGAACAUUGGCCUGGUUGAUAAAGGUGUUGCUGAAAUUGUCUCUGUGAUGGAUGACUUUUUCGGGCAUGAUGGGAAAACGGCUUAUGUUUUCACGUCUGACCAUGGCAUGACAAAUUGGGGAUCUCAUGGGGCGGGACACCCAUCAGAGACGCUGACCCCACUGGUGGCGUGGGGAGCUGGGGUUCAGACAGCACAGCGGGCCGUCUCUCAGAAAUAUGACGAUUUUUAUCUAAAAGAAUGGGGAUUAGAAACAUACAGGAGGGUAGAUGUGAAUCAGGCUGAUAUUGCUCCCCUGAUGUCGUCCCUUUUAGGAGUUCCGUUUCCUUUGAACUCUGUGGGGGUUUUGCCACUGAAUUACUUAAAUAACAGCCAGCACUUCAAGGCUGAGAGCAUGUUUGCAAAUGCUAUUCAGAUUUUGGAACAGUUCAAGGUAAAAAUGGCACAGAAGAAAGAGACAACAAUAUCCCUUCUAUUUACACCUUACCAACCCCUUACAGAUUCUAAGCAGAUGGAUUUUGUACGUCAUGCCAGAGAAUUGAUCCAAACACGACAGUUUGACAACGCAAUUCUUUAUUGUGAGAGUCUCAUAGCUCGGGCCAUGCAGGGCUUGUCGUAUUACCACACGUAUGACCGUCUCUUUCUGGGCAGCAGUGUGGUUCUGGGUUUUGUUGGUUGGACCUCUUAUGUAGUUCUGUUUAUCCUGAAGACACACGCUAGCCUGCGUAAACCUCCAACUUACACACACGUGGUUGCAGAAAGGAGUCUGGCCUGGACGUUCCUAUGUUUAGGUCUUUUUGUAGCUUUGUUUCUGGCUGUCCAAUCCAGUCCCUGGACCUAUUACAUUUACUGUUUGCUUCCCGUUCCGGUGUGGUACGCUGUUGUGAAAGAAUAUGAAACUGUUGGCGGUCUGAUCAGAUCCAUUCCCUCAUUACCACUUAACCAAUGCUUUGGAUAUUUUUUGCUGGUGAUGUUUGGAAUCGAAUUACUAGUUGUGAGUUUUUUUUAUCGGGGCAUGUUGACACUUGGAUUGAUCCUGCUGGCACUGUGGCCUGUGGUCUCUGGCCUGUAUAUCAAAGCCAAGUUUAGGUCAGUGACCUGGAUGUUGAGCUGUCUCUGCUUGGCUCUUUUUCCACUGUUGCCCGUGGUGGGACGGGACGCCAACGUUAACUAUGUAAUAUGUGCUGGAGUGCUGACCCUCCUCAUCUCUUCCUCAUACCUUUGGUGGUCAUGGAAACGUUCUCCCCUGAUCAGAGAUCGCUGGCUGUUCAUCUCCCAGAUCACGCAGGUGAUGCUGUGCGCCUACAUCCUGAGCAGCACCCACAUCAGUCUGCAGCUGAAGCAAGGCCUGCCGCUCUUCAACCAGCUCAUCAGCUGGAUCACGCUAGCUUCUUCGUUUUUCGUGCCGUUGUUGAGCUCCACCAGGCUCUAUCACAGACUGUUGAGCAUCCUGCUGUCUCUCGUGUGUGUCUACCUGCUCCUGAGUACAGGGUAUGAGGCUCUGUUUCCUCCAGUGCUGUCAUGGCUUAUGUUUGCAUGGAUUGGUAUCGAGCAGGAGGCCAUGAACACCCGUGGAAGGUCAAACAGGACUGAGCUUUCCGGCGUUGAUUUUGCUGAAAAUAUUGACAUUACCAAUAUCAGGCAGCUGAAGCUGGACGACAUCCGGAGAUCUUACUUCUUUGUGUUUUUCAUAAUAACUGCAUUCUUUGGCUGUGGGAACAUUGCCUCCAUUAACAGUUUUGAUCCAGCCUCAGUGUACUGCUUUCUCACUGUCUUCAAUCCUUUCAUCAUGGGUGGCCUUCUAAUGUGGAAGGUUUUAAUUCCUUUUGUUAUUGUGAUGUGCACAUUUGAAAGCAUACGAGUGUCAACACGGCUCUCCUCACGAAGCCUUUUCCUGGUUGUGCUAGUCAUCUCAGACUUGAUGGCCCUGCACUUCUUUUUCUUGGUUAAAGAUUAUGGAAGCUGGCUUGACAUUGGCACUAGCAUCAGUCACUAUGUCAUCGUAAUGUCCAUGACCAUCUUCCUCAUGGUACUGAGCAUCAUGACCCACAUCUUGACCUCCAAGCGAAUCCUCUUUGGGCAGAACAGAAAGAUGCACCUUAGAUGAGGACUGCUUACCUUGACCGUUGUCUACAUUUGUUAACAAGGAUCAAUGAUGAACGACACAUCGCCGACCAACUACACAGCUCAAUUCACAGAGCCCUUCAGAAUCACCUUGAUCACCAUCUACAGCAUCGUGCUGCUGGCGGGCUGCACAGGUUUAACCCUCAUGAUGAG